AUGCUUCAGACGAAUGUUACACGCAUAGGCAAAUAUGCCGUUUUGUAUAAAUUCCAAUACGUAGUAAAGAAUAAUAUUACAACAAAGAUGAAGAUCAAAAGAGGAUAUCAUCAGAGCGCAAUUAAUAAGCCCAUGAGCAUACUGAAAAAUGUAAAUGAUGUUAUUGGGAAAAAGAAAAAUACGAACAACAGCAGUGGGAUACACGGGAGUGGAAGUAGGAACAUUAGUACGUCAAAGGCAAAAAAUGGGAACAAGAUGAACAUGAUAUUGUAUAAGAAACAUGGGCAACAUUUGCUUAAAAAUCCAGGUAUAUUAGAUAAAAUUUUAUUAGCAGCUAAAAUAAAGAGUUCUGAUGUAGUGUUAGAAAUAGGAUGUGGAACAGGAAAUUUAACGGUGAAACUUUUACCAAUAGCGAAAAAAGUUAUUACAAUAGAUAUUGAUUCCAGAAUGGUUAGUGAAGUAAAAAAAAGGUGUCUUUAUGAAGGAUACAGUAAUUUAGAAGUGUACGAAGGGGAUGCUAUUAAAACCAUUUUCCCAAGAUUUGAUGUAUGUACUGCGAAUAUACCAUACAAAAUAUCGAGUCCCCUUAUUUUUAAAUUAAUUGCACAUCGACCAUUAUUCAAAUGUGCAGUACUAAUGUUUCAAAAAGAAUUUGCUGAAAGAAUGCUUGCUAAUGUAGGUGAUAGCAAUUACAGUAGAUUAACUGUAAAUGUAAAAUUAUUUUGUAAAGUUAUUAAAAUAUGUAAUGUGGAUAGAAGUAGUUUUAAUCCACCUCCAAAAGUAGAUAGUAUUAUUUUAAAACUUAUACCAAAAGAAAAGAAUUUUUUUAUUAAUUUUGAUGAGUGGGAUAAUUUAUUAAGAGUGUGUUUUAGUAGAAAAAGAAAAACUCUUCACGCUAUAUUUAAAAGAAAUGCAGUUUUAAAUAUGUUAGAGCAUAAUUAUAAAAACUUUUGUACCCUCAAUAACAUCAUUCCUGUUAAUUUCCCAUUUAAAAAAUAUUGCCUCGAUAUAUUAAAGGAACAAGACAUGGCUGAAAGAAGAAGUGUGAAUUUAGAUGAAAACGAUUUUUUAAAACUGCUUCUCGAAUUUAACAAAAAGGGAAUUCAUUUUUUUAAUAUUGCCAAUAUAGGAAACAUGCACACUGCAAAUAUUUUCCUCAACAACGAAAAGGAUGAAGAUGCCGAUACAGGCGAUGAUGCUGACAACGUUGAUAAUAUGGACAACCUGGACGAACAAGUGUAA